AUGAAGACCCCAGGGAUAAGAUUGAAAACUGGCGCAAAAAGUAACCAUUUUCUCCCUCUCUUCCCGGCCAAACCCUCCCUCCUUUAUUUUCCAUCUCUCUUCUUCCCCGCUCAGCAUCCAAAACCUUUCCCUUUUAUCUCGUUUUCCCUCUUUCAUUGUUGUUUCUGUUUGCCUAGUUGUCUAGUUGUUCAAUUAAUAAACUUUGUUACUACUGUUGUUAUCUUCUUUGUUUUCUGCUUCUGUUUUCAGACUCUCAGAGCUCGUGUGGUUGCCAAGGCUGAAGAAAAGAAACUGGAGUUGUUGUUUCUUCAGUGUAUUUUAUCUCUAUAUUAUUCAAAUUUCAUUUUUUAUCAGUAUUUUGUUAACAAUGAAAACUUCAAAUUGGCAGUUUCAGGCACUAUUUGUGCUGCUACAUUGGCAAGGAAUGUAAUUUUAGUUACCCUUUUUGACUCUGCUAGAGCCCCCGGUGGCCGCAUGUCUCAAAGAAGAUUCUACUUUCAAAGUUUAAAAUCAAAGUGGUCAAAUAAAAAAAGUGUUCCGUUAUCGUGUUGAGAUGCAAAGGAGCGCAAGUCCUGGUUGUAUACGGUACUCAUUUAGAUGUAGAGAAUUUGAAGGGUUUUUUUUGGAGGAGAUGAGGGAUGUUAUCUGGGUUUAUAAACUAUAUCUUUUUAUCUUGCUGUGUUAGGUUAUGUGAUUGCUGUUUUAGGUGAUGUCAACACAGAAGUUGUUUUAGUUUUAAUGAAUAGGAUACAUUUUUUUCUCGU